AUGUUUUCGUACUCCUUUACAAAUCUACUGGGGGCACCCUUCGACAGCGCUCAGGCGCGCAUUGCCUUCGACAAGCGCGUCCAGUGUCUGUACACCCCAACGAGCAAUCGGGUGGCGUGCUACCGUCUUCACACCCAGGACCAUUCUGCGAAUGCGCUCGUUUCCAGUCUUUCCUCGACCGGUGAAUCCUCGAAUUCAAGUCGGAAAGAAGGGUCGUCUCGAAAGCCGUUUGAACAGGAGGGCCGAGAAGACACAUCUCAGGAGGAUUCGCAUCAUGCGGACCAAACGGCAGGUAGCAGCGGAGUCUUCACCUUUCCGUUUGAGGCUCGCGUCGAUGUUGCCUGGUUUGCCGUCAGAUCAGACAACUUGCUCGCCAUCUGCAUCGAUCUUCACGGUCAAGGUAUGGUCGUCAACCUUGCAAAGGGCUGUGUCGUGAACCGCAUUCAAUUUAAAAGCAACACCAGCGCCGAACAGAAACGGAAAUGGGACGCAGUGAAGGAUCUCCAGCACUCUGUUACCGGCGCCGCUUUCUCCCCCGAUGAUCGCUUCUUCGCCGUCGCCGCUGGACGAUCUGUUCAGAUCUGGCAUGCGCCGACGGCCCGCCACGCGUAUCAGCUUCGCCUUCUCCGAUCCAUGACUCUCCACCAACAGACAAUCACCACGCUGUCCUGGUCCCCCGACUCGACUCACCUUGUGACAGGCAGUUUGGACUGCACAGUGCGGCUGUGGCGAGCGAAGGUGGCCAAGUCUGGUCUCGUUUCGUCCUCUGUGUCUGGGAACGGUGGCAGCCUCGAGGGUCUGGUUGUCCGCGAUGAAGACGAGAGUGCCGCGCGGCCUGACGGGGGCGUGCUCGAGGCGGAGACGGGCUACAGCUUUCCGCGAGACUCGGGAAGAAAGGCGGACAAGGGAGAUGCCACUUGCGGAGACAACGAGUUUAUUCCAGUCGCGUUCGUCUCCCACAAGUACCCCCUCCGCUUCGCGUGCUUCUCUGGGUGCCUCACACGCAUCAUUUCUGUGAACCGCGAGGGAGGCAUUGUCCUGUGGAAGUGGACUGAGAAGCGGCGAACUGAGGAGCAGCACGAGAUGGCUCGUCUAAAGCUCCUCAAGUGCGAUCCAUCCGCUGAAACGCAGUCGCUGAAGAAGCGCCUGAGGAAACGCAGAAAGGCAGGCGGUGACGCGUACGUCAUUCACCCUGGCCGCCACGAGCUGGGGCGCAAGCUCCUGGAGGUGCGGAGGCGAAAACAAGAGGCUGAAGGGAGCUGCAGCCAUGAAGCGUCUGCGGCGGACUCAGAGCAGGAGGACUCGGCCGACGACUCCGAUCAAGAGAAGAGCAGCGCGUCUGGAGAAAGGGAAGGAGAUCGGAAAGCGAGCAAACGCCGAGCUGCAGACUCGCGUUCCUCUCCUGCGUCUCAUGCACCCAUCAACUACAUGCGCGGUGUGUGGAAGACGGAAACCAAGGCCCUCUGUUCCCUAGGUCGGGGGCACCACGUGACGCAUGCGUGCACGAACCUCAGUCCGUACUACUCAGCCUCCUCGCCUUCUUCUUCUCCUCCGUCACAAUACCUCUUAGUGGCCUUCUCCGGAGGCGCCUUCCAGCUGUACGAACUCCCAACGCUCACGGUCCUCUGCAAGCUGUCACUGGGUCUGGCCUCUCUGGACGCGGUCACCCUUUCGUUCGACGGCGAGUGGAUCGGCGCCCUCGCCGUGGAGUCCCAGACGCUCGUCGUCUGGGAGUGGAGAAGCGAGACCUACGUUCUCCGCCAGCAGUCGCAUGCACACGGUCUCCGCGCUGUCGCCUUCUCACCCGCAGGAGACGCUGCGCUCUCGGGCGCGUCGCGCAUCGGCGCCAAGGCCGGCGUCGGUGGGGCGGCGCAGCAGUUCCAGGGCGCGGGGGCCAGCCUGGGUCUCGGCACCUCACGCGGCAUUGUCGCCACAGGAGGCACCGACGGCCGAGUGAAACUCUUCGAUGCUGAAACUGGCUUCUGCUUCUGCAGCUUCGCCGACCAUGCUGCGGCUGUCACAGCUCUCGUCUUCGCUUCCGGAGGAAACGCCGUGUUCACGGCGUCUCUCGAUGGCACUGUCAGGGGCUACGACCUCCUGCGCUACCGCCAGUUCCGCAUCUUCACGGCGAAGCCUGGCCGGGCAGACGCAGGAUUUGGAUCCAGUGGAACCGCGUCGAAAACGUCCGUCCUUGCGGACCUCGCCACUGGGAGCGUGCAGUUCGCCUCCCUUGCUGUUGACGCCGGCGGCGAGUUGCUCGUGGCCGGCGGCCAAGGGAGUGUGUACUCAGUUUUCGUCUGGAGCAUUCAGACAGGGAAAGUCGUCGACGAACUUACUGGUCACGAAGGACCCAUUGUGGCGGUCGCCUUCCAUCCCCACCCCAACAAACAGGGAGUCGUCGUCACUGGCAGCUGGGAUAAGAAAGUGAAGGUGUGGGACCUUUAUGCACGGCGGUCUCACGGCGGCGCCCCUGAGACUCUGCAGCAGACAGGGGGCGUUCUGUGUGUAGCCUUCGACCCUCGGGGCUCAGAUCUUCUUGCAGUGGGAGGAGAAGGCGGUCGAGUCACUCUCUGGGACACUGGCCUUGGGGGCGAUGAAGGAGUCGUCGCCACUCUCGAUCUCGUUCGUGAUAUUCAAGGAGGCCGCUCCAGUCAGAACGACCGCCGAGCGAGGAACAACUGGGUUUCCAAAGAAAAGAAGGAAGCUCUGGGCAACACAGCCGGCCUGGACCUGAACGUUUCGGUGGACUCUCUUGCCUUCUCGUCCACGGGCAGUCUCCUCCUCGUUGGCAGCCGACACUGCGCAACCACGUUCUUAUACGAAGCGCGAACAGGCGCGCUCCUCGCGAGGUUCUCGCUGACGCGGAAUCGCCUCCUUGAUGGCAUUCUUCGAGAAUUGAAUUCUCGUUUCAUUACUGACAGUGGUGACCCUCUGCAAGAGUACGAUCUGUCAGAUGAAGAUGAUGCGGUAACGGAAGGAGUACGCGAACGCCGGCGCAUCAAACAGCACUUCUCCUUGCCAGGCGUUCAAUCGGGCCAGUUUGCCUCGAAGAAAUCGCGUCUCUUCCUUCUUCACCAGGUCGCCUUUGCUGCAGACAGCAGAAGCUGGGCUGUCGCCACUUCACACGGUCUCUACAUCUUCAGCUUAGACUCAAAGAGCGGAAUAUACGCGGCCUUCGGAACCUCCUCACGUCUUCCAUGCGCCCCUCCACCAAUGCUGACGGCGAACGUUACGACGGGAAGCAUCUCCCGAGCAUUGGAAAGGCGAGAAUAUGCGAAGGCAUUCAUCCUCAGCUUGGUGUUGAAUGACUUGCCAACGCUGCUGUCAAUCUACGAGGCGAUCCCUCCAUCGUCCGUUGCGCUUGUCUGUUCUUCUCUCGCGCCGGCACUGCUGCCUCCUCUCCUUUUCUUCCUACAUCUCCUCCUCUCUACAGACGUCGGUGUUGGGACGCCGCAUCUUCAGCUUCACCUUCUGUGGCUGCGGAACGUCAUGAAACUUCACAUGCAUGUGUUCCAAGGUGACUUGGCUGCUUUCUGGGCGCCGUCGAGUGUUUCCUCUAGCCGUUCUGGAGACCGGAAGAUUUCCAAAGGUCAAGGCGACAGAGCGAACGAAGCCUUCGAGCGUUUGACAAGAGUCUCUGUCGAUCUGCGAACACUCUUUCUGUUGAUUCUUCGCCAGCUACAGCAGCAGCAGGCGAACCUUCAUGUGCCCUUCUGCUCCAACCUGCACACCUUGGCCUUCAUCAAUGCUUCGAUCAGAAACAGCCGCUCGCAGCAGAUGGAGAUUACUAGUCUUAGCUAG